AUGGCGUACCAGAGCUUCAUUGAUUUUUCUACCAAUUCCACGAAUUCCUUUUAUCUGCACCCUAAUGAAAAUUCAGCUCUCAUUCUUGUUUCCCCACUGCUCGACGACAAUAACUAUCACACUUGGGCUCGAUCGAUGCAAAUUGCACUUAUCUCCAAGAACAAAGAGAAGUUCAUCGAUGUAACCCUCAUCAAGCCACUAGUCAUUGGUCCUCUAUACGCUCAUUGGAUUCGGUAUAUUCAGAAAGACUUAUACAAGUUUCGUCAAGGUAAACUCAAUGUCUUUAACUAUUUCACUCAGCUCAAAGUAAUGUGGAAUGAGCUAGAGAAUUAUCGCCCUAUCAUUGCUUAUUCUUGUGCCAUUCCUUGUUCUUGUGGUGCUACUGCAUCCAUUAGGAAAUAUCGUGACCAAGAUUAUGUCAUUAGGUUUCUUAAGGGUUUGAGCAAAAAAUUCACUCACUCCAAAUCCCAAAUUAUGAUGAUGAACCCGCUUCCUGACAUGGAUAAAGCCUUUUCUCAUGUAAUUCAGCAAGAAAGGGAAUUAAAUUGUUCAGUUGUUACUACUGCUUCUAAUAAUCCAACUGGUGAUGAGGUGACUCCAUUUCAAGUCCAAACUAGUUCAGGAACUAAGGGGAAAAGCAAGAUUCAAAACACUGCAUCACCCAAUGCAACCACGAAUUCUUCUCAGUCUACUUCAACUGCAUCCUGUUUUGACUUCACUCAAGACCAGUACAACAACAUUCUAGAGUUGUUUCAACAGUCAAAAUCCCCUCCCCAAGCUAACUCUAUAUCCACAUCACCUUUUGUUUUGAACUCACAUUCAUCAAAUGGCACUAGUAAUAACUUUUCUCUUUGGAUACUUGAUACGGUGUUGAACUAUCACCUUCACCCAUAUUACAGAAGAUUGAUUGGGAGAUUAAUUUAUCUCACCAAUUCAAGGCCUGAUAUUUCAUAUGCUAUUCAACACCUUAGCCAGUAUGUGUCAAACCCUCUCUUACCUCAUUACCAGGCUGCUACUCAUGUACUAAGAUAUUUGAAGGUUGUCCCUGCUAAAGGUAUACUUUUUUCUGCUUCUAGUUCCUUAAAGCUUUUUGGUUUUGCUGAUUCUGAUUGGGCCCGAUGCCUUGACUCAAGGAAGUCUGUUACUGGAUAUUGUCCUACUUCUGUUUAUUGUGAUAGUAAAUCAGCUAUUUACUUGGCCCAUAAUCCCACAUUUCAUGAAAGGAGUAAGCACAUUGAACUUGAUUGUCACGUGGUUCGUGAGAAACUGCAAAUCAAACUCAUCCACUUGCUGCAUGUGUCUACUCAUGAUGCUUAA